AAAAAAUCCAAGACAGAUUAGAGAGGGAAGAUUCUGUUGACUUUCCUUCCAUAAUGUCUCUGUACAUUAUUUUUCAUGAUUUUCAGACAAAACAUAAAACAAUUUGAUUCAGACAAGGAAAAAAUAUUUUGACGUUGAUUCGAUCCAUCUUCUUAGAUUUUUCACGCGUUUAUGAUCUUCUUCUUCUUUCUCCAUUCCCACAUAUAUAAUCCCUCUCAUCAACAUUAUCAUUCCAAGUAACCAUCCUUUGAUCCUCUCAUCUUCUUAGAUUUUUUCACGCGUUUAAAGAUCUCCCGACCGGUUUGAUUUUGAUCCGUAAGAAACCAUGGGUAAUUGUUGCGGUUCAGCUGGAUCGUUAGCCAAGAACGACAACAACAAGCCGAUAAAGACAAGAAAGAAGCAAAACCCUUUCUCCAUCGACUACGGUCUCCACAAUGUUGACGUCAACGGUGGAAAGAAGAAGAAAGCUCUCAAGCUUAUCGUGCUAACGGAUCCAACAGGACGCGAGAUCUCUCAUAAAUACACGCUGGGGAGAGAGCUAGGCCGUGGAGAGUUCGGUGUAACGUAUCUAUGUACCGACAAAGAGACCGAAGAGGUUUUCGCGUGUAAGUCGAUCUUGAAGAAGAAGCUGAGGACGGCUGUGGAUAUAGAGGAUGUUAGGAGAGAAGUUGAGAUCAUGAGGCAUAUGCCUGAGCAUCCUAAUGUUGUGACUUUGAAGGAGACUUAUGAGGAUGAGCAUGCUGUUCAUUUGGUUAUGGAGCUUUGUGAAGGUGGUGAGUUGUUUGAUAGGAUUGUGGCUAGAGGGCAUUAUACUGAGAGAGCUGCUGCUGUUGUCACUAAGACCAUCAUGGAAGUUGUUCAGGUGUGUCAUAAGAAUGGGGUGAUGCACAGGGACUUGAAACCUGAGAACUUCUUAUUUGCAAACAAGAAGGAGACUGCACCUCUUAAGGCCAUUGAUUUUGGUCUCUCUGUCUUCUUCAAACCAGGCGAGAGGUUUAACGAGAUCGUUGGGAGUCCAUAUUACAUGGCUCCUGAGGUGCUAAAACGAAACUAUGGGCCAGAAGUUGAUAUAUGGAGUGCAGGUGUUAUUCUUUACAUACUUCUCUGUGGUGUCCCUCCUUUUUGGGCAGAAACUGAACAAGGAGUUGCACAAGCCAUUGUUAGAUCUGUAGUGGACUUCAGAAGAGACCCAUGGCCCAAGGUUUCUGAUAACGCAAAAGACCUUGUCAGGAAAAUGCUUGACCCUGACCAAAAACGUCGUCUCACAGCUCAGCAAGUGCUAGAUCAUCCGUGGUUACAAAAUGCAAAGACAGCACCCAAUGUGUCAUUAGGUGAAACAGUAAGGGCAAGGCUGAAGCAGUUCACAGUCAUGAACAAGCUCAAGAAACGAGCACUCAGGGUUAUUGCUGAGCAUUUAUCAGAUGAAGAGGCUUCUGGUAUAAGAGAAGGGUUCCAAAACAUGGACACAAGUCAAAGAGGGAAGAUAACCAUCGAGGAGCUAAAACUAGGGUUGCAAAAGCUUGGUCAUGCUGUUCCUCAAGAUGAUUUACAGAUUCUGAUGGACGCUGGAGAUAUCGAUAGAGAUGGAUACUUAGACUGUGACGAGUUUAUUGCUAUAUCAGUGCAUCUAAAAAAAAUGGGCAAUGACGAGCAUCUCAAGAAAGCGUUUGAGUUCUUUGAUCAAGACAAGAAUGGUUAUAUAGAAAUAGAGGAGUUAAGGGAAGCUUUGUCUGAUGAAGUUGGUAUAAGUGAAGAGGUUAUUGAGGCCAUAAUUCGUGAUGUUGAUACCGAUAAGGAUGGAAGAAUAAGUUAUGAAGAGUUUGCGACGAUGAUGAAAACAGGAACAGAUUGGAGAAAAGCUUCAAGGCAGUACUCAAGAGAACGGUUUAAUAGUAUCAGUCAAAAACUGAUGCAAGAUGCGUCGUUGCAUGUCAAUACUGAGGCAAUAUGAGAGAGUGUGAAUACUAUGUGAUAAUCACCAUUUGAAGAUUGAAUCAAAGGGAUGCAAAUAUUCUUUAUUUUAUAUUCUGGUUUUUUAGUUAAGUAUUUUUGGCAUAUAAUAGUUAUGCCGAAUUGUGCAUUUAAUUUUCUGGCUGAAGAGUGUGAGCGUGCAUGGGUCAAAGAAGCAAUAGAGUGUGGCCUUUGUGUAGAUAUUUUGUAUAAUUGUAUGGGGUUAAAGAUCAUCAUAAGUUUUACUUGUGAUAAUCUGUAAUUUUCUAUAACAGUUCAAGAAUUGUAUGAGAAAUUGGAUUUGUUUUCCUCUUUUUUGGAAUCUAGAAGUUGUAGAGAACCUUUUAUCAUUUCUACUCUAAGUCAAAGUAUGUUCAGAGACAUAAAGCAUAUGAUUUGGGGAAAUUUUGACAAUGAGAGUUUAA